AUGGACCUCAUUGGGUUGCUGAAGUCUCAGUUUCUGUGCCAUCUUAUCUUCUGUUACGUCUUCAUUGCCUCGGGGCUCAUAGUAAACACCAUUCAGCUCUGCACUCUGAUCCUGUGGCCACUCAACAAGCAGCUCUUCAGGAAGAUCAACUGCAGACUGUCAUACUGCAUCUCCAGCCAGUUGGUGAUGCUGCUGGAGUGGUGGUCAGGGACAGAGUGUACACUCUACACAGACCCCCGAAACUACCCCAAGUACGGGAAGGAGAGUGCCAUUGUUGUUCUAAAUCACAAGUUUGAAAUUGACUUUCUCUGUGGUUGGACCUUGGCGGAAAGAUUUGGGAUCUUAGCGGCCUCUAAAGUUCUGGCCAAGAAAGAGCUGGCCUAUGUCCCCAUUAUUGGCUGGAUGUGGUACUUCCUGGAGAUGGUCUUCUGCAAGCGCAAGUGGGAGGAGGACCGCAACACAGUCCUGAAGAGUCUGCUGAAUCUCCGCGAUUACCCCGAGAAAUUUUUUGUACAGAAGACAGAAGAGGGAUGA